AGGGUUUAUAUCUCAGAGUUGUUUGAACGGCGCGAGUGACUUAGGCGGUCGUGGUUAUUCUUAAAUACAAGUAGGGUUUAUAGUCAUUGUGUCGGUUUGUUUGGGCAUUGGAGCCUAGACCCCACAGUAAGUGGAGGGAAAUAGCGAUUUAUAUUACAGUUUUCAUUUCUUUGCUUUGCUUUAAAAUGGAUGUCAGAAAAAAGUUUCUGUAUCGAUCAUUGGUCAACAAAGCCAAAUUGAAGGGAAAACGGGCUGUAACUUCAUAUCCGAAUGCUAAAAAGCGGUCAUUGGUGUCCUCUGCAAAGAGGGCGAAAAUACCCUGUGGAUUUGUCAAGUGCUGCUCCCACAGUAAGGCGGUUGUGGAAAAUUAUAGUAAUCUUAAAAAAAGCGGCAUUCCCGCUCGCGUUAUGUAUUUCGACCAGGGUGACUGGAUGGAAUUCCGGUCUGAAAUUGCUGUGCUCUUCAAGCAGGUUUUCCGAGAGGGUAAGAUAGUGGUGGAAGUGGCCAUUGAUGGGUUACCGUGCCUGGUGGAUUUUCUCCAUAUGCUAUUGAUUAAUCUGAAUUCUGGUGCCCAGAGAUCCAUUGCCUGGAUAGACAUUGAUGGAAAAUGCUUUUUCCCCAGAAUUCUCUAUGACCCCAAGAGUGAUAGGCAUUGCACUUCAAAUAAUGGUUUUGAGCCUGAAAAUUGUAAAGUAGUUCGUGACGGAGAUCCAAAAUCUGUCCAAGCAGAGCUGGGUUCUAUUGAUUACGAUUCGUGUGACUCUGAAGGCCCCACUUCUGCUAGGGUUUGCAUUGCAAAUGAGGCUUUUGAGGGCGCGGGAGAUAAUUUGAUCAAGCUGGGUGAAGAUGAGCAGGAGUUUGCCGAUGUGAGAAACAAGUUUUUGGCCGGCCUUAGAAUGCUAGCAACUUUUACAAGUAUUAUUGGAAUUUAUCGCAACUUGCAUGGCAGUGUUGUGGGGCAAUCCCGAUUGAAUGCUUUUCAGGGGCACAUAGAUAACAUUACCAGAAAGAAUGGGGGUGAUGCCAAUGUCCAGUGUGCCUGGCAUGGAACGUCGAGGGAUGGCAUCUGUGGAAUAAUAAAGAAUGGUUUUGUGCAGCCUGUGACCCCGAAACAUGGUGCAGUUUAUGGUAAUGGAGUCUACCUUGCACCUGCAAAUCGCUCGCACGUUAGUGCAGUAUACUCUGAUAUUGACAAAAAUGGCGAACAACACAUGUUAUUGUGUCGCGUAAUAUUGGGGAAUACGGAGGUGGUGAUACCUGGCACACGGCAAUGCCAUCCUAGUAAUGAAGAUUUCGAUAGUGGCAUAGAUGAUAUUAUUGAUCCAACGCGUUACAUCGUGUGGAGUACACACAUGAACACACAUAUUCUGCCAGAAUAUGUUGUUAGCUUUAAGGUUUCUCCGCAUGUACAUGAGUAUUUAUCUAAAUUGAAAGCAAGACAACAUGCAAGAUUAGUGCCUGAGACUGUUGGAGGUCGGCCGUCUGAUCCUGCAUCGGAUAAAAAAUCAGGUCAGAUGCAUUCUUCAAUGAAUGAGAAGAUGAAUCCUGACCCCAAAAAUUGAGCCGUUAGUGGCUUCGAAGUUUUGAGAGUGGUGAAAAUGGUCCACUCUUCAAGUUUGCGUUUGUGAUAAUUAAAUUGCAAAGAAUGUUGCUGAACGUUCAUCUAUGGGAAUCAAAACUUUCUGGAGGUUAUAUGGAUGUCGUGUCUCUUUAAACAGAAGGCAUACUUUCUGUCAAACAUGGAGAAUAAUGCAUCGUUUUUGGAAUUUAUAUAAUUUUAUCUGUAUGUUGCCAAGCUGCAUGUGGUCCAAGCUGCAUGUGGUCCAGGCAAUAUAUUUAACUAGUUUUGAUGGAUAGGGCAGCAGAUUAGGGCCAUGGUUUUGACUCCUGAUGACAUGGGUGACAUUUUGAAAGAACAAUCCUUUUAUUUUAUUUUUUUGGAGUAUGCCUCUGUAUAUGACUUGUUUUGCAAUUAAAUUUGAGCCAUGCAAUCUAAUGGUUGAUUUCGAUUUCCA